GUACAAGUUGUUGAAUUACAGAAACAAUCAGAGGAUACUUUAAAACAACUGGAGGAAAUGAAACAGAAAUUAAAUCAAAGUGAAAAAGAUCAUGAAAACACAAAGAAAGACUUUGUGAAUCAAGGAGCAAUUUUAACUAAACAGGAAGCAGAGAUUAAUGAUCUUAAAUGUUCCAACAACAGCAAAGAUGAGAAAAUUGAACUGUUGACAAAAACUUUGAAUGAAAGAAAGGAAGAAAUUAUUGUUGUAAAAAACAAUGUAUCACAAGAAUUGAACUCAGCACCACAAGAUGACACAAAAGUUAAAGAACUUGAGAAGGAAAUUGAAAAGCUAACUGGUCAACUCAAUGAAAAGAAAACGCAAAUUGCCACCUGGGAGAAGUUGAUCGAAUCUAUGAAAUCAAAAAUAAUAUAUUGA